CGUAUUAUAUCCCCUAUGAUAGUAUCUACAGAAAAGCCUUGAUACACAAUGGAUGUGAAAUAUUGUUGUAUUCUAUUUUGAUAAAUGGUCAGUUUUAUAAACUAUUUUAUGUGAUUGUAUUAAGGUUCAUUCACCUGCACGCCGAUGUGUAUAUGGGACUUCGUCUUUGCUACACUGGCAAACACUAGGAUCGAUACCGGAACCUCCCGCAGAUCGUUUUAAGAAUUUAGCAAAAUGUCGUUAGCUAAUCCCAAAAGACGUCCACAAUUCAACAAGUCCGUGAGUAUGGUAGAGUUCGAUGACUUGGCAUCAAGACCUACGCCCAGAUGGGAUAAAGUUAGAGACCAUGUCUACUCACAGAAUAAGAACGGAAUAAAGACAUUGGCGAAACAGGGGAAAAGGCCGCCGUUGCCCAGAUCUUCCAGUAUGACUGAGUUUUCUCCAGACGCCAAUUCACAACUGGUUAUUCAGCUCUAUCAAGAAUUAAAAAAAGUCAGCGCACCUUCUAUUACUGUGGAAACCGACACGUCACUGCGUGUUUAUCACAGAAGAUGGUAUAUAUUGGCAAUGUAUUCACUAUUAGCGGGUCUGCAGGCCUACGUAUGGAAUUUCUGGGGUCCUAUAGCUUCUACCAGUGAACAUGCCUACGAUUGGAGCGACUCUGAUAUAGCUUUCUAUGCUAAUUGGGGACCGAUAUGCUUUAUUCCAAUGGUUAUUCCCCUUUCAUGGUUAAUAACAACAAAAGGAUUACGAUGGGCAAUAUUAGUGGCCGCUAUUCUCGUAGCAGCGGGUUCAGGAAUCAGAUGUACAUAUACGGAGCCACCAAUUAAUAAAUGGUUGGUUCAUUCCGGCCAUUUAUUAAACGGUUUAGCAGGACCAAUAGCUAAAGGUAUGGGGCCGGUGGUUUCAGCUGUUUGGUUUCCACCAGAUCAACGAACAACGGCUACAGCUAUCAUGUCCGGUUCACAGUGGUGUGCAAUUGGUAUUUCAUUUAUAGCAGGUCCAUUAGUUGUUCCGGAGACGCAUAAAAAAUGGAAUGUCACAACUGAUGUUGAACAACAAAAUACAAGUCAGAUAAAUAACACCAAUCGUCAUGAUGAGAUUGUUGAAAUAGAGAGAAAGGAUAUUCUGAUGUAUCUAUAUGGCUGUUUUGGAUUUUGUGCCCUAUUACUGCUGGUUAUUUUGAUUUAUUUCCCCGCUAAGCCUCCACGCCCUCCAAGUUCUACAGCUUCUAUAGAUAGAUUAAAUUAUUGGACUGGAAUUAAACACCUGAUAAGACGCCGUCCACAGUUUUGGUUUGUAGCUGUUUUAUAUGGUUAUUCUACAGGUAUUAGAGAUGCUUGGAGUUCUAUGUUAAAUGUUAAUCUUAAAGCCCAUGAUAUAUCACAGAUAGAUGGUGGUUGGAUUGGAUUUUACUCAGCAGUAGCGAGUUGGAUUGCUGGUAUUAUUAUAGCCAAAUUUGCAGAUACAUUUAAAAAACGUUUUAAAUUAUUUUUAAUAACACUAUACUUACUGAGUACGUUGAUGUAUAUAUGGCUGACUUUGACCUUAGUAAAUAUUUUACCUGCUAGUCGAGCCACCCUGUAUGCUUCAGUCAUUUUAUCCAGUAUAUUUAUAGGAUCAACGACGCCUUUAUUUUAUGAAUCAGCUUGUGAAAUAGCUUAUCCUGUAUCCGAGGGUAUAGCAAAUCUGGUUUUAACCAUGCAGGCUAAUAUAGCAUCACUCAUUUUUCUAGGGGUUUUAUCAAUACCAAAUAUAGGGACUGUUUGGAUGAAUUGGUUAUUAAUAGCAGCGUUUGCUACAACAACUGUAUCCCUGUUCUUUAUGAAGGAAACCCACACUAGGUCAGAUAUUGAUGAAAAUAAAACAGAUAUUUCACUUAAACAUGGUCAACAAACAGAAACACAUAUGUAAUAAUAAUAACACUAUUAUGCAAUAAAACAUCUAACGAAUUUAAUAAUCUCGAAGACCAGAGAUAUUUCGAGGCCAGUCAUAGGCGUACGAUGAAUGUUAGCGGGGUAGAAUCAGAAAUGCCCUAAAAUAAAUCUCUAUCCACCUCAUUAUGUAUUGUUUAAUGGUCGAGAGCGAGACAUUAAGUAAUAUAUUGUAACAACAAGAGGACCGUCAGGUCCGAGUGUUUUUACAAUAUAUUACGCAAUGUCUCAGCUCGAGACCAUUAAACAUCUUAAAAUACAGACACUCCGCACGUGCGUUUACAGUGAAAUACGUCACUCGAGUCUAAUAUUUGACAAGGUACGAUUGGCAAGUUGCCCGUACGAUUAUUUGAAAUAAUGGUACGCCAACAUCAAAGGGUGACGUCACAUCUGUAUUUU